AUGGUGAAGGAUAUUCAUCGUGUUGCAAAUCUUGGUGUGCGACUCUUAAAUUCUGAAGAUGGAGGGGUGAUUGUUCAUGAUUUAUCUAAGCCAUCUCUUUGUGUUGAAGUUAAGAAGAAGAAGACCCCUUUCAUUUCUUGGAUGAAAGUUGGUCUUUCGCUACGCCCGUUUAACAUUGGGUUGGAGUGGGUUGGAGUCACUUGUGGCUCUCACCACGAGAGAGUGAAGUCCUUGAAUCUUUCCAACAUGGCCCUUGCGGGCAGGAUUCCCCGUGAAUUUAGAAACCUCUCAUUUCUUGUUUCUCUUGACUUGGGAAGCAACAAUUUCCAUGGAAAUUUGCCUCAAGAAAUGGCACGCUUGUGCCGGCUUAAGUUUCUUGAUUUAAGUGUGAACAACUUCAGCGGGGAGGUUCCUUCUUGGUUUGGAUUUUUACACCAACUUCAAGUUCUAACUCUUAGGAAUAAUAGUUUCAGUGGAAGUCUUCCCAAUGGUUUAUGCAAUGGUCUCCCAAUACUCAAAGGGCUUUAUCUGUCUUUUAAUAAGCUUCACGGUCAUAUGCCUACAAGCUUAUCAAGUUGUUCUCAACUUCAAAUAUUGUCUUUAUCAUAUAAUGAGUUUGAAGGACCAAUACAUAGUGAAAUUGGCAGAUUGAGUAACUUGCAUAUAUUGUAUCUUGGAACUACCCAUUUCGCUGGGAUGAUUCCACAAGAAAUUGGAAAUCUUGUUAAUUUGGAAGAGUUAGCCAUGGCUAAAAAACAGAUUACUGGCUCUGUCCCGGCCUCCAUAUUCAAUAUCUCAUCGCUGCAACUUUUGUCACUGUGGCAGAACAAUCUCAGAGGAUUCUUACCACGGGAGAUUGGGAACUUAACCAAGAUGCAGCAUCUAGAGCUUAGUGGAAAUAAGCUUAUAGGGAACUUUUCUACGUCUCUAGUAAAAUUUUACGCCAGCAGUUGCAAAAUCAGAGGGCGAAUUCCAGAUGAAGUUGGGUACUUAAGAAGCUUAUUCGACCUUAAUCUUACUGGAAACAUCUUUUCCAGAUCGAUUCCCACGUCAAUCGGCCCCUUGAGAAACCUGCAGCGCUUGUUCUUGAGUAAUAACAAACUUACAGGAUCUAUAGGUGAUAAUCUACGUAAAUUGCAGCGAUUAGAUGUCAUCAACUUGACUCAAAAUCAACUUUCAGAAAUAGGAAAUUUAAAGGCUGGGACACUGAUAGAUCUGUCAAUGAAUCAAUUCUCCGAUGGAAUUCCUAGAGAAAUUGGAGGAUUGCAAACUCUGGUGCAGCUUUCUUUGAGUCACAACAAUUUUCAAGGAGCUAUACCAGACUCAAUGAGCAACAUGAAACUCUCGAGUGAGUUUUUCGUCGACAAUGUUGCAUUGUGUGGUUCUUCAACAUAUAAUGUCCCGCCCUGCCCCACUUCUUCAAAACACAGAUCAAAUAAGAAAAAGUUGGUACUUCCGUUUCAUUUACGGGGAAUCACACUGUUAUUCGGUCCUACAUUUGUGAUUGUAAGGUAUCGAGGAGGUAAAAGAGCCCCUCAAUUAGCAGAUUCAACGUCUACCAUAACACGAGAAAGAAUUUCAUACUAUGAACUGCUCCAAGCAAUUGAUGCGCUUAGCGAGAGUAAUCUGAUUGGUUCUGGAAGUUUUGGCUCUGUCUAUAAAAGGCGUUCUCAAAAUUUGAACUGCCAUUGCAGUUAA